AUGGAUGCUCUUCCUACUGAGAUGGUAGCCCAUAUCGGCUUCUUCGCCGGCGCUGAGGGUCUACCUGCACUGCGCUCUACUGGUCGCCUUGCGAGCAAUGCCACUGUCCUUCACUUCGCCAAGACCUGUUACCAGGCCAUGCGCAUCUCUUUCACUCUCAAAUCCCUUGAAAAGCUGUGUCUCGCCCUCCUUCAUCCUCGAUUCGGCCCUUGCAUCGAAGACAUCACCUUCAUCAUCAGCGGUACUGAGCAACUUACACCUGCACUAUUCGCCAAGUCGUGGUUUAUCCUCAGCACACUGGCAGCACGCAGACAGCGCGUCAACAUUAAGGUCUGUGUCUCUGCAAUUGGUGUCGCAGACACUGCUUUCAUCGAGGCCAACAUCUAUCGCAUUCUGCUGCAACUCGUGCGUGGCAGCGCCUUGAAGGCCUGUGUGGGAGUUCCCAUCAUCCUUGACCUCCCUUCUCCUCCCAGGGACCCUCGAGAUGCCCCUGCCAGAAGUAUGUUGUUCACCAGCUUGGCCGUCCUCGCUGUUAAGGAGAACCUACACAUCACAUUUGCAGACCACCACGAGUCUGCUGCUGUUCUCUACGACACAGCUCGGGAGACCCUCACGCUGACCAAUCUUGCCGUCAAGCACCUCAGCGAGCUCAAGCACCUAUUCUCUGGACUUCACAUCCGCAAACUCGUCGUCAGAAACUCUGAGCUGGACACCACCACUCUUAACAGGCUGUGCUCUGUGCACCAAACCACUCUCAACACCGUUUGCAUCAGUAACGUCAGUCUUUGGGACUGCUGGUCGAUGGGCGACAUCGUGCCUACUUCGUGGAAGCAUGUAUUGGACAGGCUUACAGGCCUUCCUGCUCUGUUUUCUUGCAAUUUGUCGGAGCUUCGCAUGGAGAGCUUGGUUCCGAUCUGGGACGACACUCGUGUUCAGAAGGACCCAGUUCAGAUCUCAGACUUCUUCGCUAGUGGAAUCGUCACUGUCAACCACAGGCUGGACCUCUUGAUUACUGCCACACAGUGCAUCGACAUUUCAACGCGAGCUAUCCACUCGAGAGCUUUCCAAGAGACUCUCGAUCCUGCCACACUUGCGGCUAGUAUACAACAACUCAACAGCAUCCGCGUUCUCAAGCUUGCCACCAUUUCGAUUUACUCGGACACACCUGGGAUUCAACCUCAAGUCGCCUAUCCUGCUAGUGCUCAGAGCAGACCAACUGUUCGUUCUUUCUGGGCCCAAAAAAUCAUCUUCCAAGUUUUCUUGCUCAUUGUUCGUUCCAUCAGUUGA